GUAAAAGUGUUCUAUCAGGACUGUGCCUGUGGACCAGGGACAGAUCACAGUACACUAUUUAGUAUUGAUUACCUUUCUGUUAGUGUAUUAGGCCUAAAAAUUUGUUUGUUUUAUUUUUGUUAUUGUUGCCUGACUGGAAUUACAUUGUAAUCUUAUAUUAUUCACAUUCUUUUUUGUGUUUACCUAUUGGUGAAUUAUAGCUCUGGUAGAAAAUAUAUGAAACGAACAGUUACUUAAUUAAAACAGAAAAAUGCCAGGGCUUGGAAUCAUGUCAUUGGAUAAUAUGUUUUGUACCAGAUGUGGAGAUGGAUUUGAAACAAAUGAAAAAAUUGUUAAUUCAAAUGGUGAACUUUGGCAUACCAGUUGUUUUGUGUGUGCACAGUGUUUCCGUGUCUUCCCUGAUGGAGUUUAUUAUGAGUUUGAAGGGCGCAAGUAUUGUGAGCGAGAUUUCCAAGUUCUCUUUGCUCCCUGCUGUGGAAAAUGCCGGGAGUUUGUUAUUGGACGAGUAAUUAAGGCAAUGAAUUCUAACUGGCAUCCAGCAUGUUUCCGUUGUGAAGAGUGUAAUAUGGAGCUGGCAGAUGCUGGGUUUAUCAAGAAUGCUGGCCGUGCUCUGUGCCAUGGAUGCAAUGCUAGGAUUAAGGCUGAUGGUCUACAAAACUAUAUAUGCCAUAAGUGCCAUGGUGUGAUUGACGGUGAGCCAUUGCGCUAUCGUGGGGAAGUGUACCACGGAUACCACUUCAUGUGCGCCACAUGUGAGGUGGAACUGGACCACACUGCGAGGGAGGUCAAGAAUCGUCCAGGCUAUGCUGCAAAUGAUGUGAACAAUUUGUUUUGUCUCCGAUGCCAUGACAAGAUGGGAAUUCCGAUUUGCGGCGCUUGUCGCCGUCCCAUAGAGGAGAGGAUUGUGACUGCACUCGGCAAGCACUGGCAUGUUGAGCAUUUCGUGUGCGCUAAAUGCGAGAAGCCGUUCCAUGGUCAUCGCCACUAUGAGAAGAAGGGUUUGGCAUACUGUGAGCAGCAUUAUCACCAGCUGUUCGGUAACCUGUGUUACGUGUGCAACCAGGUCAUAGCCGGCGAUGUAUUCACGGCUCUGAACAAGGCGUGGUGCGUGCAUCACUUCGCUUGCGCGGUGUGCGACGCUCCUCUCAGCACUCGCUCCAAGUUCUACGAGUACGACGAGCGGCCCGCCUGCCGCCGCUGCUACGAGAGGUUCCCGCAGGAGCUGCGCCGCAGACUGCGUCGGGCUCACAACUACACGCUGCGCAGGAACUGACCGACACCCAACUGCACCACAUGCUUUACCUUUUACAACCCAAUUACUAAAACUCCACCAUCUGCCAGUCACAUUAUCAUGAUCAGCUGGAACACAUCCACUGCUAGACAAUGCCUCCCCCAAAGAUCUCCACGACGGUCAGUCCUGUGCUGCCCUCAUCCUACCUAUCCCGGUGAUCUUGACCAAUCGUCCCCACAAGGGGGCCUAACAACAUUUUGUCUUCCAGUACGUGAUCGCCUUUCGAGGACUGUCCCACCAGCCAUCUGUCCGUCGAGCUAUGUGCCCUGCCCACUGCAACUUCAGUUUCGCAAUCAUUUUUAUUAUGUCGGUGACUUCGGUUCUCCUGCGGAUCUCGAUUGCCCUCUGAGCGACCAUGAGCUUUCUCAUUAGGCCGCUAGCUAGCGACCACGUCUGCAUACUGUAUCACAUAAACCGAGAUAAUUAUACGGCUAGAAACUUUAACAGAGUGUAUUACUUUCUUCUUUCUAGCCUUUUUCUACCAAAUAUUAUUGGCUUCUUUAAGCUGGUGCCAUACAAUCUUAUUUUUAGGUUCAUGCCCCCUGGAACUGCUAUAACAACAGAACUAAUGAAAACCAAGAUGGCGUAUUUCAAAAUGGCCGCCAUAGAAAUUUGAACAUGUUUGUUAACAACAAAGUACUUAUCGUUCUAUCGUGUACGCCUUCAUAUACGAAUCCGACUCGCGUUUGAUUUUUUUUUAGAAUAUUUAUUUAAAAUACAAUAUAGUUAUAGCUUACAAUAUAAUAACACACACUUAAACUUUAGGAAGCUUAUCUGUAUGUGAAGCCGCUUAGAAUUAAAUUACAUAAUAUUUAAAAAGAAAACAACAACGAUCAGGCCGGCAACACGUGCCUUUUGUUGCAGGUCGGCUGAUGUGCAACAGUGAGGUUCUGUCUGAUAAAAUAUGCUGUCUCAUUAUAGAAUACAGAAUGGAAACGCCGUAUGAUGUGUUUUGUUAGUCGCCAGACUUUCUCUCUUUCUAGAUUAGCACAUUCUGUUCCGCUAUUGCCUAUAGUAUAGUCUAUAGAGGAAUUGCAAGAAGAAGCAGUAAUAUUACGACAAUAACUGAGAAGUUGUUCCUCUGUGACAAGGGAAUACUUACAGCCACUACCCCUAUUUUAUAGCCUUAGUGCCUGAACUGUAAUGUUUUAAUGAUAAUAACUGAUUUAUUUUUAAUUUUGACCUUUACAUUUUUAACAAUAAGGAGACAGACACCCGAAAUGCGGUACAAACACUAAUUAGAUUUAACUGUGAAUGCAAUGAAAUCUAAAUAUGAAUCACGAAAACGUUUUAAUGGGUUUACAUUAAAAUUAUAAUAUGAAUAAAAUACAAUAUAAGUUUACAAUAAUAGUAUAUUAUGAUGGUGUUUUCCUAUACUAAUCUCGCACUAUAUAUCUACUGAUUAAUAAUACUUAUUUUUUUAUUUGUUUGAUGCGCCGUAAAAAUAUACUCAGUAUUUGGCUUGAAAUAUUCAAAGUGGAAUAUUUUUAAUUUUAUAUGUAUGUACAAUAUAUUUCAUUUUAUAUGUAGGUAUGUAAUAAUCGGAUCACACUAUCUGUUACAAAAUAUGAAAAUGCAUUUGCAAAAGAUACAAUUAAUAUAAGAUUUUCAAUGAUUAUAUUAUAUUUAUUUCGGAAAUGACUACACUUGGUUUGAAAUUUUCUUGUUUAAGGGAAUAUGUGUGUUCCAAAUUUCUACAUGUAUAAAACGAAUGUAAAAAUGGCGUAUAUAUAAUAUUUUUCAAAUAUUUUGAUACUUAAUUAUUAAAUUUAGGAAAAAUGAUUAAACCUUCUUUUUUAUGGCCAAUUUAUUGCCAGAUAAGUAUAAUAAUAUAAAUUUAAUAUUCUAAUAAAUAUAUUAUUAAUCGCGUGACGAUGAUUUAAAUGUGUAUUUUCUAUACUUUUAGAAUUAAGAUAAUAAAAUAUAUUAUAUGUGUUAAGUAUGCUAAUUUGUAAUCGGAAUAACGAAUAUUGAUCGUAGCUGUGCUAGUAACUGUUUAUUGGAAAUAUUAACGUUUUUAUUGUUCGUAUUGUUAAUUUAUUAAAAUUAUUUAUAAUACUAAAA